UUGGUCCAAAGUUUCCAUUGAUCUUACUGCCUCCUCAGGAACAGGAAGUGAAUCUGAUUGGUCCAGUGUUUACUCCUCAGGAACAGGAAGUGAAUCUGAUUGGUCCAGUGUUUACUCCUCAGGAACAGGAAGUGAAUCUGAUUGGUCCAGUGUUUACUCCUCAGGAACAGGAAGUGACUCUGAUUGGUCCAGUGUUUACUCCUCAGGAACAGGAAGUGACUCUGAUUGGUCCAGUGUUUACUCCUCAGGAACAGGAAGUGACUCUGAUGUUGUGUUGUUGUGUUUCAGGCGAUCCAUAUGACCAUCAGAUCAGCCAAUCAAAGCCAUGCUGACACGCAGGUCCAGACUCUGAAGGGCCUGAUGAAGCUGCAGCUCAGAGUCAGACAGCUGAGCGACCAGGUCCAACAGAUCCAGAAGGAGCAGGACUACCUGAGGCAGCUGGAGGACGACUUCCACAGAAUCAACCACAGCACCAACCUGUGGAUCUUCCUGUGGCCCGUCCUGCGCUCGCUCUACGUGGUGGUUUAUGUGGUCAGCUUCACCAGCGCCUGGUAACACCCAGCACCAACUGAUCUCCUCUACAGAUGACAGGGUGAUCAGUAAACCCGAGACCUGCAGAGGAG